ACAUUCUUGUGCUUUAUUUACCAACUUUGCAUUAACCUCAAACAAAAGUACCCAACGUAUACAAUAAACACAUCACCUUAGUUUCCAUUAUUUACUUAUAAGAAUGAUAUCUGACCAGUUGAUUUUAUGGCAUAGCUGUUGAUUGGCGCAACAAAAUAAUAACUGCCACAAUGGGAGGUAAAAUGGUAUACACGAUGACACUGGCGAACAGUAUAAUUGGGGUGGGUAUACUAGCCAUGCCAUUUUGCUUUCAAAAGUGUGGAAUCAUCCUAGCUAUUUGUCUUCUCGCCGUUAGUAACUAUAUUACCAGAUUGUGCUGUUACUACCUAUUAAAAUCAUCAGCAAUAUGCCGCAGACGUUCGAUGGAAAUUAUUGCAUUUUCAAUUUUCGGCUCGUCGGGAAAACUUAUGGUGGAACUGUGCAUCAUCGGCUAUUUACUGGGUACUUGUAUAACGUACUUUGUUGUUGUUGGCGACCUGGGACCACAGAUCAUAGCAAAAAUGUUCGAUCUACAUCAAACGUAUACGCUCAGGUCGUACGUUAUGAUCUUUGUGACCAUUGCUUGUAUCAUUCCAUUGGGUCUGCUGAGGAAUGUUGACAGUCUUGCCGCUGUUUGUACAGCUUCAAUCGGCUUUUACUUCUGUCUGGUUAUGAAGAUUAUGGCCGAAUCGACAGAACGAAUAUCAACCGGAGAUUGGACGGAUAAUGUGGAUUAUUGGAAUUGGUCCGGGGUGUUGCAAUGUUUGCCCAUAUUUAGUAUGGCAUUAUCAUGUCAAAUGCAGCUGUUUGAAGUCUUUGAGAAUGUGUCGAACAUAUCACUGGACAAGAUGAACGACUACGUAAAGUCUGCUACGAAUAUCUGUACGUUCGUCUACAUUUUGGUUGGAUUUUUCGGAUACGUGGCAUUUUCUACGAAACCAUUUUCGGGGAAUAUAUUACUAAACCUUAGUCCGUCGCUGGCAAGCGAUGCAAUUAAGAUUGGUUUUGUACUAUCGGUGGCAUUCAGCUUUCCAUUAAUCAUAUUUCCGUGUCGAGCCAGCUUAAAUUCAUUGCUGUACCGACGAGGACACGCCGAUGUUGCCCAUUACAUUCCAGAACAUCGUUUUAAGCUAAUUACAAUUUCGUUGGUUUCACUUGCUCUGGUAGUCGGCAUAUUAAUCCCUUCCAUCGAAUUAGUUAUUGGAUUUAUUGGAUCUACGAUUGGUGUAGCCAUUUGUAUCAUGUUUCCGGCAUCGUGCUUUAUCAAAGUUUGUCAGAAAAAUUCAACGGAGAAACUGCUCGCUCAAUUUCUGUUGAUAUUCGGCUUCAUAGUAAUGGUUCUCGGAACGUAUGCUAAUCUGAAUGCCAUUGAUGAAAAGAAUUCGGGAAGCUUUGAAGAGACUGAUCACAUUUUGAAGCAUAUUGAUGAUUCAAUCGAACAGCCGACAAUGAAUUUAUCCAAAAAGAUCGAAAAUAUCCUUCUGUCACACGAUGUUACGCCAUCUAAACUGGAAUUAGACCUGAAAAAGCUUCCUGAUGAAAUUGAACCAUUUCCAAAAGCACCGAAACCCAUUCCAGUGGAGAGUAAAUAUCACGAGAAUCCGGUUGACGGAUUGAAAUUGAUUGACGAUCCAGAUCCUAAAGAAGAUUCAUCUGUUCCCAAGGCCGUAGAGGUUAAAUUAAUACCGCUCGACGCUGACAACAACAUUCAACCAAUCGCCAAAUUCCAGGAUUCCAAAAAGUCUAAUGACAUCAACAAGGAGGCAAUCCAAAAAGAAGAGCAAGAAAUCGCGAUCGAGAAGAAAGAACAAAUAGCAGACGACUCGAACAGCGAAUUAAAGAGAUUGGAAGAGACUAAAAAACUGCUUCAGGAAGUGAAAGAAAUGAAGGAUGUGCUGGAAAAACAAAAUCAAGAAACGCAACAACUGGUGCUUCAGAAGUUCGACGAAAUCGUCGAUAAAGUGGAGAAAAUCGAAAAGGUGCAGGAGGAGGACAACAAGAAACAUGAGGAAGAGAAGGCAGAGAAAAAGCUUUUGGGCGAACAGAAAGCAGAAGAGGAAACUGUAGUCCAAUCUAUACAACUAGAAAAGACCAACGUAGACGACCAAGAAGAUAAAAACGCCGCAAACAUUCAACCGCCGAAUGUGGUGACCAAUCAAACCAUGAACGGCCCGAUUAUCAGCAUGUUGAUAAAUAAACAUGCCAAUCAAGUCGAUCUGAUCCCUAAUAACAGUCGAGAAAGCAAUCCCAAGCAAGUUUCGAAAGAAGACGUAGUAGAACAUGCGGCUAUUCAGAGAGAUUUACUCCAUGUGCACGAAGCAGCCGAUCAGUCUGCGAUAAUUGCGGAUGAUGAAAUAUCGCAGGCGGAACUGUUGCGACAAAAGCGAUCGGUUGAGAUUGAUGAAGACUGCGUGAAACCUGUCCUGAAUGAUGAAAGUAUAUCGUUAGUGUCAGAGAAUCGAAAGAAUUUCCCUGAUGUAAGUAUAGAUCUGGUGGGUAAGAUGGUUGGCAGAGACUUAAAAUCUGUGCAGGACACAAGAUAAUUCAGCGAAAUGGACUGGACACGUAUGUUAUUUAAUGUUAUUUCGAUGGUGCGUCAGUAGUGUACUGAAAUGAAAAUCGCUGUUGUUACGCUAGCGGAAAAGUGAAAUCUGUCCUAUUUUCUGGUUUGGGAUUGUUGUGGUUUGUUAUUGUUCCAACAUGAAUUUGGUUCGGAAAUUCAAUUUGGAAAUUGAGAUUGAGAUUCAGUUUUCGUAUCUAGUACAAAGUCAAAAAAUUAAAAUCUCGAUUUUCAUUUGCUCAACGAAAUUUAUGUAGGAACACUUCCAAACCACAACUUUCAAAUCAAGAACCUCGGACUUCACUUCACUUCGAGUGUACGUAAAAUGCUAAUUUUGGUGCGAGUCAGGGCAUUUUCAAAUUUCAUUUAAGUUUGUCUAGCAUGUUAACUGGAUGUAAAUUUUAUUUAUAAAGAAAACAAUAAAAAUUUGAUUUUCAGGGACAUAAA